GUGCGGUGUUCGGAACACCAUUUAAUUCUUCUAUAUUUUAUUAUUCAGCAAAAGCAAAUUGAAAAUACGCAUUUUUCAUUCAAUAAAUAAAACGCGGUACUGGUAAUAGUGGAAACAUCACAUUACAAAAAAUAUAUAUACAUAAAUAUAUGUUUGUACAAAUUAUAAUAAAAAAUGGUGAACUCGCAAAAUGUAAAAACAAGUUUUUUCAAUUUAAAUUGGAAGCUUCUACCGUUGAAAAUACAUUACUUUUUAACAGAUUGCUGUAAGUACAUUAUUCUUAUUAAACGCGUUAUCAUUAAUGUUAAUAUCAUGAAUGUGAUAUUGUGAAUAAUUGUAUUAUUUAUCAACCGUUUUAUGUGUUUAAAAUAAUUGACAUUUCUUUUAAUGAAUAAGAUUUAAAAAGAGUAAAACGAGUUAAAAUAUCGUGGGAACUGAUUGAAAAUUAUAAUCAUAACUCUUGUAGAAAUCUUUCGAAUUAUAGCAAAGUUUCACACAUGACAUAAUACAUGCAUGCGUUGUAACCUGUAUGAGUUCAACUACAAUUACUUACAAUUCACUUACGGAUUUAAUAUUACAAAAAUUAACAUAAAACUUUAAAUUAUUUAUUUUGGGGGAAAAAAAUAUUUAUUUUAGAAAUAAUAGUAUAUUUUAAAAUUGUUAAAAUAUCCAUCACAGGAGAGCACUUAUUAAGGAUGUGGGUCUAUGUUUCUAAUAACCACCAUGCAAAAAAAAAAAUUAAAAAAAAUUAUUUAUUCUUACCUUGACAUAAAAUUGUAAUCCUUUAUAACUAAUACCAAAUUGAAGUACUCAUAUUAUUGAAUAAGUGGUAUAUAAAUCAUACUAGAAUAAAACCGAAUUAAUAAAAGAUAACCGUGUAUCUCUAGCUUAUGUCUGAUGGUAUAAAUUAUUUAAUACACGUACAAAUUGCUAUAUUAAACAGUAAACACUAGUAGUGUAAUAGUAGUAGUAGUAUAUAAGUAAGCACUAAGGAUAUAUAUACGAUUUCCCGCUAUCUUCCAACGUCUCUAUAAUUUAUUUUAUAAACGUACUUAUAGCUAUAUUAAACAGUAAACUUGAUAAUUACCAUAAUAAUAAUAAUAAUAAUUAGGAUUAUAAUAUUUAGUAAUUAGUUGUAACUUUACGAUGUCAAUGUAUACGAUAAUUCUGCAUUCUCAGAAUACUGCAGCAUAUGGGUUAAAAUAAAAUUUAAUAAAAAAAAAAUCUUAUUCUUCCAGCGUUUAUAUUUUUACAAAAAACGCUCGGACUAUUUUUAGGGAGUUCUUGGUAUAAGCUACUGACAAUUCAAUUUCAAACAGGUUUCGUGCAAGAUGUCAUAAGCACUAAGGAUUUAAAUAUGAUUUCCCGGCUAUCAUCCAACUUCUCAAUAAAACAGUGGUCCAUUAAUAUUACGAAUUACGUUUGUAUUUUUACAAUACAUGUGAGAUAGGCCAUGAAUUUAAAUUCAAUCAGAGAAGGGCUUUGAAAAAUAUUUCGCUUCGGGCAAGUUCGACCACUUCGGGUCGAACUUGAUUACAUAAAUAACAAUUGAGACGAGCCGAAUUUUUUUCUAAACCAGUCGGUCCAGAAAACAGCAAAAGUCUGUAAUAUAAAACUGUUAAGGUACAGUUUCUAAGGCGUGAAAUGUCGCGGGUACAUUGUUUUUAUGCGAUCUCUGUGAAAUAGAUUUGUACAUGGAAUUGUGAUGACUGAAAUUUAUCGGCACUACCGGAAUUGGUCCGAAAGCAGUGUAUAGCGAACGUCACACGCAGGACAUAAUGCAAAAUCAGUUUUUUCUGAUGAAGGAAAAGAACAUCAAGAAGAACAUCAUAUUCGUACGAUCCGUCAUCGUAACAUCGGAAUCUUUCUAACCCCACCCAAGUGUCCGUUGUCAAAAAAUGAUUUUAUUGUAUCUUAUACCUUUAAAUUGUAUGAUUAUUAUAUUAUGUGUUAUCAUCGUUCAGCGAACGUGCCAAUCCUCUCGUUCCUGUCGACCAUGUCAAAACAACGAGGUUAUUCGCCGUUUGCCGUCGGUAUAAUAUUGACGAUAUCUCCGUUACCGUCAUUAGUGAUGAGACCACUCUUUGGCGCCAUUGUGGACAAGUACAAAUGUCCCAAGUUAGCCUUAAUGACGACCAUAGUGAUUGGUUUCAUGACGGUGUGCGCAUUGAUGCUGAUGCCUGGCCCGGUUGUGUAUGGUAAAAUUGACGAUGACGUGGUCUUCCGAACGCCGCUGUUUUGGUUGUACUUGACUACGAUCGUAAUAUUUCACACGACAAUCUCGAUCCGAGGCAUGGUGGAAGAUACAAUCUGUGUUAAUCUAUUAGGUAAGCACUUCGAUGGCUACAGUUUUAAAUUAUAAAUUAUUUUAUUGCUUGUAUAAGAUAAGUUAUGGAGAUAGUUCUAUAGUUAGAGACAUCUGAUGGGUCACCAGAUUUUAGAAUAGGUGUUAUAGAACUGAUCUCACAGGUGUCAGAGAAGAUACCUUCAGAAAGAGGGCGUCGUAAAAAAGGAAUAAAUGGUAGGCUAUCGAAUUAAGACAGCUAUAGAGCAGAUGAGUAGAAAUGAGAUUGAGCCUAUAAGAAAUGUUGAUUAUUAGUUUACAAAGCUCAACAAGAACGUCGGUGUAAGAAAAGAAGCAAUAGGAGGGGAGGCUAUACGAAAAAUGCAAUCUGUUGGACGGACUACAGGAAACAAUUCAUAAAAUAAAUAAUAAGAUGUAAUAACAUUUAUCCUGUAUCUAUUAGGUGUUUUUUUUUUUUUUAGAAUAAACCACUAAAUCUACGUUAAUGUUGACCAUAGCGCUAACGCUAUUGUUAAUUCGUUUCUUUCCAGGUGACGACAAACAUAAAUAUGGCGAACAACGAGUGUGGGGAUCAGUUGGAUGGGGUACUAUAUCCAUCAUAUCCGGCGCUUGUGUAGACUGGUUCAGCAAGGGUCAAAAGCACAAAAACUAUUUACCCUGUUUUAUAACUUCACUGACUCUUUACGCCUUGGACUUUUACGAUGUGUCAAAAAUCAAAGCAAGUACCUUGUAUACAUUUAGUACGAAAAAAACAUUUUUGAAUACGAAAUGUCAGUGUUAACAAAACAAUCGUUAGUGCAUGUGUUAGUGAAACUCAACACAUACUAUAUUUACUUUAGAAUAACGUUUCCUCAAAAAUUAUAUAAUAACAUAAAUCAAUAUACUUGAACGUAGUGGGGUCGAAUAUUAGUUUAUUCUAAACAAGUUAGAAAAGCUCACCAUGGAAGCAUGGACAUUUCACGAUCACUAAACGUAUUUUAAAAAUACUCUUUAACUCCGUAUAUAAGAUUGAAUGAAUUCGGUAAUAUAUAGUAUAUCAACUAAUGUUUGUGUGAAAACUUAAAUAAAUAUAAUAUCUCCAUUUUUUAAUAGUUCAUAGGACAUUUGUUUAAAUUUCUUAAUAUUAAUAUUUUGGUAGAUAUCUAUUUCUUUUAUAUUGGCCAGUACGCAUUUAUAAUUUAAUACUCGAGGUUGAUUUAAUAAUAAUAUUAUUUUUAACAUUAAAUAUUAUUAAUAUUACGAAUAGUAUAAUAUAUUACUAUGAUAACCAAAUCAACAUCCGUUAUCAAGUUGUUAAUAACAACUAUACGAACGGAUGAAUGGACACUAUGGGGACAUAAGGUUUUCUAAAAUUAUGUUUAAAAACCUAAAAAAACCAAUUUUUUUUCAGAUCGUUCAAAAACAAGAAAAUAGCAUAAUAAAAACCGAUUUAAAAAAACUUUUUAUGACUUUAUUCACAACAUACAAAGUAUUGAUUUUUAUCUUUUGGAUAAUAAUCCUUGGAUUUUUUGAUUCUUUUAUAAUGUAUUUCUAUUUUUGGUAAGUAACUGUCUAUAGUAAUUAUUGUUCGAAAACGUUAUGAUUUUUUUUUUCACAAUGAUGAUUAUAAAAGUCAUAAGUAAUAAAAUAAAAUAAAAAUGUUUAGCUUUUAACUGGAUAUCCAAUAUAAAAUUGUUUAUAUACUAUUACGUUUAAGGUAUUUGGAAGAUUUAUCAAAUAUUUAUCAUCCAGAGACGAAACCAUGGAUAAAGACGAUCCAAGGACUUACAUUGACGAUUCAAUGUUUCGGUGGAAAUUUUCCGUUUUUCUAUUUAUCUAGUGAGUGUAUGGCAUGAUCACCCAUUUCAUCACAUGCUCAGGGCCCAUACUCUCUGAGUAUCUUUUAUUAGUAUUUAUUUUUUGUCUAUUCUUUCUAUAGUCAUAUGUUUGUUCUAAGUUAAAGAUGUAAUAAUUUCUUGCUUCAUUGUUAUUUGACAAUUUGUAUUUAUUGUUUCAAAUAAGUAAAUAUUAUCCAUUCCAACCUAUUUGACAUCGUUUCAGUGCUUCUUAACAUGAAUCUUCAAUCUCUUUCUGAUGGCCGACUUACUAAUCACUUAAUCUUCCAUCAGUAUUCCAUUAGAAAUAAAAUUUAUUAUUCCAUUCUCCUUCCCUUCUUCGACAUGUUUACCUAAGAAUAUCUCUGCACCUUACCUGUACCAUUACUCCAUUUAUCUUCUUUCAAUUCCUACGAAUUACCUAAAGACCAGUCACUUUCAAAUUUUAUCUGUGCGACCCGUUUUUUUUUUUUUAUAAAUAAUUUAAAAACAUAAAACGCAACAUUUGGAAAUCAGUCCACAAAAUCACACGAGUUAUCCGAGCUGGUGAAAUUAUAGUCUAUUUAUUUACCAAUUUGUUGAUGUUUAGUAAGUUGUGAACAUAAUAGUAAUGUAAUUAUUAUUAUGCCAAUAAUUGUUUAACCACUGCUCUUUUAAAAUAUAACUUAUUGUAUAAUACAUCAUUGUGUUAUUUACCUUUACAGGUUUUAUUCUCAAACGUGUUAAAGCCGAGUACGUAGUGUCUUCAGUGUUUUUGACGUUCGCCGUAAGAUUCUUUCUCUAUUCAGUCAUCGAAAAUCCCUUUUGGGUUCUACCUGUUGAAUUUCUUAACGGCAUCACAUUUGCAUUAGCAUUGUCAACAAUAAUUUCGUACAUGUGUCGUUCGGCACCUACCGGUAUCGAAGCUACGGUAAUGGGCAUCAUCUAUACAGCUUUAUAUGGAAUAGGUUUGCAACUUAUUAUAAAGAUAUCAAUAUGCACCGAUUUUAAAUGUAUAUUUAAGGUACUCGUUCUAUACGUCAUAUUAUUUCUUCCAAACACAAACAAAUAAUCUACGUUUGUAAUUUUUAGUCUAACUUGUUUUUUAUACUACACAAUAAGAAUUACUUUUUUUUUUUUUAAAAACCUCUUGAAAGCUUUUAUUUUAACGAUCAAAAUAAAUCUUUAACAAUACAUUAUCAAAGGUGUACAUAAAUACUUAUGAUGUAUUUGUACACAAAAAAAAAAUAACAUGUGUGGAUCUCACUCCCAGUGGAGUGGCCCCGAUCUUAGUCAAAGAGUCCUAUACUAAUUCAUAUUGUCUUCGACGUUUGAGAUUUUUAAUGUCUAGAGAGCUUUCUAGUAGUUGAAUUACUACUGGAUUACUGUGUUAAUCCAGUCUUUUCUCAUGUUUGCGGGCACACUUGAUAAUCUCGUCCUAAACGAAGGUGAUCAUCAUAUCUCAGUGGAUAAUGUUUUUUCUGUCAUACCGGUAAGCUGCGACAAUGGUACGGAGAGCGAUGUUCUGGCAACGUUGUAUAAUCUCAAUAUUGGACUUGCUGGCACAAUCCCACAGUUGAAUUCCAUAAGUCCAUAUUGGUUAAGUUAUCAUUACGUACAAGAGGCGUUUACUUGUGAGGUCUAGUUCGGAAUAUUUUCCGACCAGCCAAUAUGGUUUUAUUGGAUAUUGUAUAUUGUAUAUUGAUAUUGUAUAUUAUACAUUCUCUUCUUAAUUUGCAGUUUUUUCUGUAUAACGUGGUGCUACCAAUUGAACCGAGAGUCCAGGUGCAUUCCUAAAUAUUUUGCUAAGUCACACUGUGGGAUGCUCUGCUGAUCUAGUAAUACCAGUUUAUAGACUGUUUUAUGCAAGGUGUAAUUUACGUGCAUCGAUUUUUCACUGUUAAUUUUAAUCUUCCAACGUUUCGUCUAGUUGGAAACGUUUUUAAUGGACCUUUGAAGCCAAUCAGUCGCAGUCUGCUGGUCUUCAUUUGUUGUCAUUAUUGCCGUGUCAUUAGCAAACAUGGCUGUCAUUGAAUAGUUGUUAGUUGGAAUGGCCGCUGUGUAUAGUAAGUACAGGAUUGGUCCAAGGACGCUUUCCUGUGGUACACCCGCCGAUAUGUUUUUCCAAUCAAUUAAUGCUUCUUUGUGAAUGACUCUGAAUUGACGUUCAGUCAGGUAAGAUUCGAAAAGUGCGCACCAGGUGUGUGGUAGCUGUUCACGUAUUUUUAUAAAUAAUCCUUUGUGCCAAAUUUUAUCGAAAGCUUGUGCCACGCCAAGGAAUACUCCGCAGCAAUACUUUUUCUCUUCAAGCGCUUUGCUUAUUACGUUAGUGACACGUGAAUCUGGUCAAUUUUUGAGUGUUUAUUUUGAAAUCCAAAUUGAUGUUUCGGUAAAAACUGUCUUUCUUCUAUCAACGGUUUUAAGCGUUUUAGAAAAAAUGUUUCGAAUAAUUUUGAGAUGCUUAGAAGAAGCGAAAUUGGUUUAUAUGAAGUUACUUGUUCUUAUAGUUUUUCUGGUUUAAAUACCAUGAUCACUUGGGCUCGUUUCCAUUGUUUAGGAACGUAUUACAUACGUAGGAAUGCAUUGAGUAUGUGUGUUAAAUGAAUCAUAGCUUUUUUAGAUAAAUCUUUCAGGAUUUUUGGAUUAAUUUGGUCGUACCCAGGUGCCUUUUUUGGGUUGAUAUUUCUUGUUUGCAAAUUUCUUUUGCGAUUUCAACUGGAGUAAAAUACUUUAUCUUACCGCGUGUUUCAUUUUGUGGUUGACACUGAGCUAUGUCGAGUUCGAAAACCACUUCGUAUGGUUGAAAUACACGUUCUAAAUAACGUGCUUACAUAUCUGCUUUAUCUUGUUCACAGCGUGCCCAUGAUCCAUCUUCCAUUCGGAUCGAUGGCACAUAGGCUCAAGGACUCUUCAUGCGUCCAUAAUAAAUAAUCAGUGUUAUUCGUUGCAGAAAGUUCACUUAAGUAUGAUUUGAACGUUUCGUUUUUUACUUUUUUAAUUUUGUCAUGUAAAAGUUUGCUAGCACGAUUCCAGACGGUUUUAUCCGAAGGAUCUCUCGUUUGUUGCCAUUUUUUCCAUGCUUUUCGUUUUUGUUUUACUAGUUUCCAUUGGGUAGGUAAUCUCAUGCUUUCCACCUGUUGGUGUUAUGGGUGUUGCCGCUUUCGCCGCUUUUACGAUGGUAUAAGUCAAUUGUUUAACAGCACUAUCAAUUUCAAUAGGUGUUUUUAGUCUUAAUGUGAGGGUCAAGGUCUCGUCUAAAUUCGUUCUAAAGAGGUCCCUAUUUGUUUUCUUGUUGAUUAACAACAUCUUUCGUUGUUUAUAUAUAACAUUAGAACUUAACGUGAGAAGCACUGGUAUGUGAUCUGACGUUAACUCUGUUAGUUCUAAUACUUCGAUAUAAUUAGAAGAUAUACUUUUCAUAAUAAAGAAGUCAAGCAGGUCGGGAAUCUUGUUCGGAUCAGUGGGCCAAUACGUUGACUUACUUGUAGUGAUGAUUUCAGCAUUAAUUUUUUUUGCAACUAUUAACAAGGCUCGUCCCUUUGGGGCGAUCAGUCUUGAUCCCCAGUGAGUAUGCUUGGUAUUAUAUUCAUCUCCAACAAUGAAUCUAGAAUCUAACGUAUGGAAAAAUUCAGCGAACUUAAUUUCAUCUGCACAUCCUUGCGGCGGGCAAUAAAUUGCAGCAAUGGCGAGACCGUUAUUUCCGUCAUUAACGCUGACGCUUGUCGCUUGUAUAUGAUUUACAGAGAAUUUUUCGAGUUUAUAAUGCUUUAUGGACUCUUUUAUUAUUACAACAGUACCACCCCGAGCUCUACCACUAGGAUAAAUUGUCGUAUAUAUUCUGUAAUUCCUUAUCUUAAGAAAGGUCCACGUUGUGAAGUGAAUUUCCGAAAUAAGGGCAUUUUCAAUGUUUUCACUGUGUAAAAGGUCUUCAAGUUCUUGUCUGCGCUAUACUAACCCAUUGGCGUUCCAUGCAAUGAUCCGCAGUGUACUUUUCAUUUCUUUAUUUUCUGCGAGAUAUUUUUGGACUUUGUCUGGUUUAUUUCCAGUUUGUCCAUUCUUGCUGUGAUAUUUGCUAGUGUCUGCGUUACGUUGGUUAACGUGACUAGAAUAUUAUUAAGAAUAAUCGAUUCUUCGUUUCCCUUUGAUGGAGAUGUUUUUGGAUCGACUUUUGAAAUGCUAGCCAUCUGCGCGUAUGAAGCAUUUGCUGUGACAGGUUUCUACUAUAUUCUUUGCACAGUAGACACUUGUUUUGGGUGUGCUCUUUCUAUUGUUUUUGUAAGCAGAGCAAUCUUUCUAGUUGGCUGUAUAAUUUUCACCACAGUAUGCACAUUUUGCUUUUGCCCUUUUAGAUUUUGGGCAAUCUUCGGUUUUGUGUCCUUCACUAAAUUUUACGCAUACAGCCGAUUUGUGACAGUAAUAAUGUGUGUGUCCGAGAGCUUGGUAGUUCUUACACUGCGGUUCUCCUUUUUUUUACGUGGUGGUUCUAUUUUUAUUAUUUAAUGACAUAGUAGUUUUAUGUUUUAAAUGGUCUUUAUUAUUCUCUAGUGGUUUUAAAUCUACAAAGAAUAAUGGUAGCCUUAUUUAUUUCCACUUGCUGUUUUUGUUUUUAGGAUCAGAUUUUUCCUUGAUCUGUAAUAUUGGUUAUUUUGCUUACUUCGUGGCCUUGGUCAUACAGUUCAUUGGUAAUUAUUCCUAUAUCGGAAUCAUGAUUUAUACUUCGUAAUACUUCUCGAAAUGGUUUUUCACUUUUUAAUUUGUACCGAUGGUAUUUAACUUAAUAUUUUUCUAAUAUUUUUAUUGGACUUCUGAAUUGACUUUCACAUAUUGUUAAGAUUCUCGUCUGGUUAUUUGAUAGGAUUUUGAAUUGUUGUUCGUUUCCUACUGGUUCUUCACACGUUAAUAAUUGUUUUAAUUUAUCAAAUUGUUUAACACCUUUGAUAGAUAUUGGUGAGGGUUUAUAUAUUUUUUGAGUAUUAUCAUUAGUUGGGUUUUUGUUACUAUUUUGUUAAACUUUUGAAGUUACGUUAACAUCUUUUGAUACUGAUAUGUUAGAAAUAGGGGUCGUUUUUUCUAAGUUGUUAUCUAUUUUUGUAAUUAUUUGUGACAAUUUCAAUGCCAGUAUCAAUUAACUAUUUUUUAUUUGUAGUAAUUUUUAACUUGCUUGUAGUUCUGCUACUUGGCGGUGGAGUUGUUCGUUGGUGUGUUUUAAUUCGGUUAAAAUAUUAUGCAUUUCUGCAUAGGUUAGCAGAUCUGGUUGCAUAGGUCCGUCCAUAGCUGUGCGCGUCACGCGACGGUGGGAACCACCGACACGCCGUUGCACGAGCGUAUAACCUACUUAAUAUUAUUAUUUAGACACUUACCAAUUCUCGAUGAGCAUGGUAAGCAUUUAUAUGUUAUUAAAUUAAUGAAAGAAAAAAACAACGCGAAUGAUGGCACUCGAAAGGGAGAACAUCCGUGUUGCUCGUUCAGCAAACAAAUCGCGACUAAUAAGAAUUACUUCUCUGAAUUUAAUCGAAAACGUUAUAUCGAUAUCUGGAUGUGUACCUGUGAAGAACGUAUUAUUAUUGUUGAACGAGUACCAAGAGAAAAAAAAAUGUUUUAAUUUUUCCGGUUAAAACGACCGUUACGCAUACUUGUUUUAUUUUCUAGGAGUACCUAUUGGAAGCUUCGUCGGCGGAUAUUUGUUCAAUCGUUUCGGCAGUAUUUUUUCGUUCAAGAUUUUAAGUGGUAUGGCGGUAACAUCGUGCGUUUUACAUAUCGUCGUCACCCAGUUGACAAAUCGAUUGUCAAAACCAAAAAAUAGCGAGGAAGAAGCGCGUUGAUGUCAAACUUUUUUUCAGUGUAUAAUAUGUAUAAUUAGAGAUAAUUAUUUCGAAAAAGGCAUUAAAAAGCAAGGAUACUAUGAUUCUUCUAUUUUAUUUUGUGCGUUCUUUACAUUGUUGUGCUGAACAACAAACUAUCCAAGG